UUUUACAUUUUAGGGUUAACUCUAGCGGAUUUAUGAUUGUUAAAUAUUGUGGCGUGCGUAAAAACGAGAUUAAUCAGAUGUAAAUAUCAGUUAAAAUAUACAAGUAUUAAAUAAGUAUCUUAAUAAAGGUUUUCACGUUAUAUUUUCAUUUAGUAUUGUGAAUUAUACAACUCUAUAACCUCGACAUGACGCUCGCAACUAUUGAUACUGUAGAAAGUUUUACAAAUUUUGUAAGUUCAUCUACAUUAACAGUAGUACAUUUCUGUGCGGAAUGGGCUGAUCAAUGUGGCCCUGUUACAGAAGUCCUUAAAGAAUUGUUAAAAUUACCUGAAAUCCAAAAUAGUUGUACUAAAUUUGCUGUGUGUGAUGCUGAAAAUUUGUCUGAAAUCUCAUUGAAAUAUAAGGUUGAUUCGGUGCCAACGGUUAUAUUAUUUAAAAAUGGUCAGCCUUUAGACAGAAUUGAUGGGGCAGAUGCUUCCCAAAUUUCUUCUAAAGUAAAAGCACUUAGUGGGGGAAAUGUAAAUGCUCCAAAACAAUCAUUAGAAGAAAGACUCAAAGCACUUAUUAAUAGACACAAUAUAAUGGUUUUCAUGAAGGGAACAAGAGACCAACCAAGGUGUGGUUUUAGUAGGACACUCAUACAAAUUCUAAAUGGAACUGGCUCACCAUAUGAUACUUUUGACAUCUUGACAGAUGAAGAAGUUCGUCAAGGACUGAAGACUUAUUCCGAUUGGCCAACAUACCCCCAAGUCUACGUGAAAGGGGAACUGAUUGGUGGAUUAGAUAUAAUUAAAGAAAUGUUAGCUAAUGGGGAAUUGGAAUCUACACUGAAUGCUUAAAAUGUACUUGUCACUUCUAUGUAGCAAACUUUUUAUUUAUUCAAAUAAAAAAUUAAAAUGA